AUGCCGAAAGAACUGAAGAAGCGCGGUCGUCGCGCCGAAAACCAGAGAAGGCAAGCAGAAGUACAGGAAGAUUCACCAGCCAAACGAAGGAAAAUCGACUACGAGCAGCAAGCAUUCGCGCCAAGUGGAGGUGCAGGCGAUGACUACAUUCCCUUUGAGCAGGAUGUGCAGGACGAGACUGGCCAUUCUGAGCAGACCACCACUUUCUAUGGGUUACUUACCGAGGAAGAACAAGAAUAUUACGCCAACGUCAAUAACAAGAUCAUCGCCAACGAUUUUGAGGACGAGUCAGACCGAAACAGGUUCAUUGAAGCGGUGCAUCAAGAGACGUCUGGGAAAGAGAUUAAGGUCGCUUCAAGUCAGUCGUGUUCAAGGUAUAUGGAGAAAAUUAUUCGUCUAUCUACGCCAAGUCAACUCAGAUCGCUUUUUCAGGCAUUUCAACAAGACAUGGACUAUCUAAUUCAACAUCGAUUUGGCAGUCACUGUGUCGAGACACUCUUCCUACAAGCUGCAAAGUACGUUCAAGCUAAGCCUCAAGCGGAAAAUGACCUUGACACGUCCUUCGAAUCGUUGUUCCUAGAAGUCGAGGAAAAGCUCCGGGCUAAUAGCGGUUUCCUACUUACUGAACGCUUCGCCUCUCAUACUGUUAGAGUACUGUUGCUCGUUCUAUCAGGCCAGCCACUCGAGGACGCAUCAGCCAAAGACGUUAUCGCAAGUCGCAACAAGGAGGAGCUGAAGCUUGAACACGCCCCUGAUGCUGCAUCUAGUGAGCCCAGGAAGGUGCCCAAAAGCUUUAAGAAAGCAUUAAGAGCCUUUGUGCAUUCAGCUAUAUCAAGCCUUGACACGAACUAUCUUCGUGCUCUUGCAACUUCGCCAACGGGAAGUCCUGUCCUGCAGCUCCUGACGAGGUUAGAGCUUGUACAAAAUGAAGAAGACCAUGAGCAACAACAAUUGUUCCUCCAAAAACUGAUUCCUGAUCAGGACUUCGAGCCAGAGUCUGAUAGUAGCAAGUUUGUUUCUAGUCUGGUUUACGACUCCACAGGUGCUUAUCUGGUACAGACGCUGGUCCGAUACCUCCCUGGAAAGAUGUUCAAAAAGAUGUACAAAAAUCUGUUCCGAGACCGUAUUGGAAAACUGGCGAAGAACGAGAUCGCGUCGUACGUUGCCGUAAGCAUCUUCGAACGUGUCGGCAAGGACGAUCUUGCACAUGCGGCUGCUGCCAUGGUCCCUGAGUUAGAGAAUCUGGUGGAGCGAAAUCGUUUGGCUGUGAUAAGAAGCCUUGUUGAACGCUGUGAAGUGCGAGGUGGUGAUCUCGGAGAGGUUGGAAAGGCCUUGCUAACGAUAUAUGGCAGUGACCAAGCGGAGCUACUGCAGAAAAUGCUUAAGCUUAAUGGUACGGCCACUAACGGUGCAGCUGACGAUGCAGCUCGGAAACAACAGAAGCACAGUCCUGAUAUACAGGGAUCCCUGCUUGCUCAGGCCAUGUUGCGUACUAGACAGCUGAGUGCUAUGGUGCACGACAGCCUGCUGGCUCAAGAACAAGACGUCCUCUUGCAAAUGGCCAAGAACGCAACUUCGUCUCAUGUCAUACAGGUUGCUCUGACAUCUGAUAAGUCCCCAAACAAAUUUUUGCGUCAAUUUGUGCCGAAGUUCUACAAUAUUGUAUCAGAUCUUGCUGUUGAUCCCUCUGGUUCACAUGUUGUCGACGCGCUUUGGCAUGCAACCGAAGGCUCGCAUUUUAUGAAAGAGCGACUGGCUAGCCUUUUGCAAGCACAUGAACACGGACUCAGGGACUCUAAGUAUGGGAGAUCAGUUUGGAAGAACUGGGCCAUGGACGUAUAUCAGCGACGAAGGGGCGAAUGGCAGGCUCUUGCCAAGAGACAAGAAAACAUUGAGCAGAAAGCAGAAAGCGACAAACCAAAGAAAACAGCGAUCGAGCUUGCGCGGGAGCGACACAUGCACCAGCGAGGCACACAACGAAACAACGUUUCAACAGUGAAAGCUAACGGCUGA